AUGUUACUCAAGAAAGGACUGCCGAAAGUUCUUGGCUUUUCCUCUGAAGCCAUUCACGCCUAUCGUGGUCGUUCGAAAGGUUCAACCAAACAAGAUAAUACGACACCGGUUCAAUUACCUCCUGGGACAUAUGCACCCAGCUGCUACUUUGUAGAAGAUGGCUCAGAGGUUCCAAAUUGCAUUCAUGAAGAUGAAGCUGUAUGGCAGCUAGACGAGAUGGCAGAGAGACUAAAGCCUCCUGGUUAUGAGGAGUCUCUUGAUAAAGAUAAUAUCGAAGAAGAGGAAGGGGCAGAGCAGACCUAG